AUGGCUUUGCCCUGCCCACUGCCGGUUGUAGAAGAAGCAUUGUCACCGUACAUACACACACGGCGAGACACUCUACGUAUCCGCCAGUUGUUGAUCGAAUCACUUGUUUCCAACCUCUCAAACGGAGAUACGCAUCUCUCCUAUCUAACAUUGGCAAGUCUUCCAGCCGACUCGGCAGCGGAGACACUAAGUGGAAAAUUUACCGGGCUUCGAAAGCGGUACAUCGAAGCCUUACAAGCCAAUGCAGCCGCUCGGGAGCAACUUGAUACCGUAACGGCGGAGCUGAAUGAGCUGCGCGAAGCAAACCUCAGAAACGAAACCCCGUCUCUAGGAUUUGGAUCCGGCCAGGACGAGCUUCGCAACUACAUAUCGCUUCUCCACCAGCGGCAGCAGUACGAGAAGCUGCAAGUGAUCCAGCAGAGCUUAGAUGAACUUGCCAGCGCGAGCGCCAGCGUAACCCGAGCGGAUGUGAAAGCGAUGAUUACAGAAACCCUGGGCGAGUCGCCGGAGCCGCCACAUGCGUAUCCCAAGCAGGAGGACAAAGCCUCGAGUGUUGAGCAGUUGGUCUUCCGGUUGAAAGAAGAAGUGCUGGCAGCGAAGCAGCGCAUGGACCUGGCGAACAGGUCUCGGGCUGAGAUCCAGCAGCACGCAAGCAGCCCUGUCGAACCAAGCUUAGAAGCCCAGGUUGACGCACUACGACGCGCUAGGGAUGAAUUGGUCAGUUGGAUUGAGGGAGAACUGGCAAAGAUCUCUGAAGACUCCGCAAUGAUCGGCCCAGACUUACGGCAGGACGGACGAGAUCCAGUAUCAGACGGAAGCAAACUGCCAAACGAUGCUCAGCCAUACUUCAUGCGUAUACAAGAAACCUAUAGACAGUAUCUGGCAGCUCGUCAAUCGAUCAUCGCAACCAUAGAAGCCACCAGACACGAGCCUCAACGGCCUGCAUCUCCUCCAAAGUUGACAGAACACCCUUCCCCAACUAAGGCGCCAAAGAGUGCAAAACCUCGGAAUGUCGAGGCCUAUGACGCUUUACCCUACUUCUCGCACCUCCUCCAAAUCUCCCAGGACGAACGGUCGCUUCUGCAGCAGUCAACCUAUGUUCGUCGCCAAUUAUCUACCGCAACAGCUGAGAACACCAAGCUCAUCGAACGGCUGGCCGAUGAGAGCCAUCUGGUGACGCCCGGCGCAAAGGAUGCAAAGGCAUGGGCGGCGGCAGCUUCAGUGGCGUCGCAGAGCACGAACGCUUUUGUGACGGAGCAUCUGGAGUCUGGGGAGCAUGCGAUUUCCAGUGCAGAAGGUGCUCUAGCGGAGAUGAGUGCGCGGCGGAAGGCUUUGGGAGGGCUUUCUGGCAACGUGUAG